CAAAUCCUUCAAUAUGAUUGAUGAUCCAAUGUCGGGCCUUUGAGGUCAUAUUUAAGGGUCAUCCCCCAUAGUGUCACAGUGUUCCUCCAGUCGAGCAACACAACACACGGACAAGGCAAAUUUGCAGACGUCCAAAAAUGUUUCAAAUGGCCUUGACCUUUGUUAUUUUCACCCUCGGCGUGGUAGUUCCAUCAAGUUAUGGAGGUUUGAUUCCACCAGGCUUUGGCAAACCAUUUUUUCCUCAUGGGCCUUUUCCAGGUGGCCCAGGUCCUCGAUUUAGGCCUGGCGGUCCACCUUUCGGACCCAUUGGCCCAAUAGGUCCCAUUGUUCCAAUUGGGCCUAUAGUUUUUCCUAUUAGGCCACCUAUUCCUCCUCCAAUUGUAGGACCAAUCAUCAAGCCUAUAGUUAUUAAAGAAAUUCCAUUUGUAAACCAGCAUAUAACAGACAUUGCUCAACCAUUCCCGUUCACUUCAUACACAACUCCAUAUGGAGGGCCUACAAUUAUCGACAACACAAAAGGAGUUCCCAUUCCUAUAGUAGGAGGUGGAGGUAACAUUGAUGUUGGAGCUUCGGCCUCAGCCUCUGCCUCAGCCUCAGCAAUCGAUGGUUACGCAGGCGCCAGUGCUGCAGCGGCAGCCAGUGCUAGUGGCAGUGGAGGUCUUGGUGGUCUUGCUGCAGCUUCCGCAAGUGCUAGUGCUAGUGCUUCAGGUGGUGGUUACGACAUUCUGCCCAGUAUUAGAGAAAAAGGAGUCGUUAUACAGAGUUUGGACACGUAUGGACCAGUAGAUGCAGGAUUCAUUGGUUACGACAAUGGCUAUGGAGGAUACGACAACGGCAACGGCGGUUACGACAAUGGAAAUGGCAGAUAUGACAAUGGCAGAUAUGAUAAUGGCAAUGGCAGAUAUGACAAUGGCAGAUAUGAUAAUGGCAAUGGCAGAUAUGACAAUGGCAACGGCAGAUAUGACAAUGGCAGAUAUGACAAUGGCAACGGUAGAUAUGACAAUGGCAACGGCAGAUAUGACAAUGGCAAUGGCAGAUAUGACAAUGGCAAUGGCAGAUAUGACAAUGGCAAUGGCAGAUAUGACAAUGGCAAUGGCAAAUAUGACAAUGGUAACGGCAGAUACGACAAUGGCAAUGGUAGAUAUGACAAUGGCAACGGCAGAUAUGACAAUGGCAACGGCAGAUACGACAACGGCAACGGUAAAUAUGACAACGGCAACGGAAAGUAUGACAACGGUUACGACAACGGACGCGGCAAGUAUGGCCCCGGAAGCAUCAUCGUCAAUGGUGACCUUGACCUGAAAGUUUCAGACAAUGCCCCAGGUCUGGGCGUGGCCUCUAUUCCUGUCAAAGUGAUUGACAGCCUGGUCAAGCGCAAUGACAACGGUGGAAAAGGUGGUUACGACAACGGAAAAUACGACAACGGUGGUCGCGAUAAUGGUGGCCGUGAUAAUGGAGGCCGUGACAAUGGCGGCCGUGACAAUGGUGGUCGUUACGACAAUGGUGGUCGUUACGACAAUGGCGGUCGCUACGACAAUGGCGGACGCUAUGACAACGGUGGUCGCUAUGACAAUGGAGGUCGCUAUGACAACGGCGACAAUGGAAAAAUAAUCAAGCUUCCCGCUGACUCCAAACCUGCUGUUAUUGGUAUUGUUACAGAAGAAGAAAAAAUCAAAUUGAGAAUCUAAAUAUCAUCUUGAGGGUGAAAAUAUUUAGGUGUGUAAAUAAUGCAGAGCAUCACACAUUCAAUGGACACAGUGUGUCGGAAAAUCCCGAAGUCGUGCAGCAAAGAGAUCGGAGAAUGUCGCGCGCCUGGAGGUAGUGUACAGAGGAACUUUAUCCAUAGCUGGGUUAAUAAAGAAAAUAUGGUACAAAUUGA